AUGGAAGGCGCCACCGUGGGUGACUCGCCGAGGAUGGCGGCGCCGCUGUGCCGCGACAAGACAGCUUAUACACAGAGGAGCCCUAGUGAGAGCUCGGCAACCAGUUUGCAGGACUCGCCGCUCGUGUUGGCCAAGCCGGCCGACGAGCUGGCGCUUGUCCAGAGGACUGUGGAAAACGAUCAGGGGAGGCGCGAGACCCACCUUGAGGAGCCGAGAUUCCGGAGGAAAGCAGCAGACAACCGAUGUUACAUUCCAAACGGCUUAUCUAGCCAGCUGUUCAUGCCAUUGUGGAAUGCGGUGUUCCGCCACAAGAAACUUCAGAAAAAAACUGUGGCUAGUGCAGACGUGGAAAGACUAUGUAUCGCCCUGCUAUGCGCCUCCAAAGCGGAAGACCGUCCCUUCCUCACGGUCGGGUGCCACAUCAAGGGGCUGUGUAUCAUAUUAUCGCACAAGCUGGAGUUUCUGGCUGAGGACUGCAACCAGCUCAGCAAGAAGCUGCUAAUGUCCACCGCUGUGCUGGCGAUUGCAGCGCGCCCCAAGCAGCGGCAGUCGUACAGAGAAGACGACGACUACCAGCUGCCUAAACGCAAACGCCAAUCCGCAAAGACGAAGAAACAGAAGAAACAAAUGCUCGCGCUGGAGGACUACUUCGAAACGGGUCACAAAGCGCGCAGCGAUAUAUAUGACGAAUAUUCGCACAGGUUUAACAUCGCCACAUCACACCUCAGGCACGACAUUGCGGUGGACCAAAUUGAGGUUUUACAACUCAUGAACUUCGGGAUCGGCCUCGGCAUGGGUACCGACCUCGCGUUCUACUCGGCUGGCAGCUCCAACGUGGACCGAGACAUAAGCUACCAUAACUUCGAGCACGGACUGAUGGACGGGCACCGACCGUCUCUGGAAUCGCUGCAGCAACACAGAGAGACCAUAAUCCCGGACACGUUUCUCGAUCUGCAAUCCCUCAGCUCGCCGUUCAAGCUUAAUGGGUACUCGUAUACGCCGCAAACCAGGUUCAGCCAGGACGCGUCGGACGCCGACACCACCAUAGCGAGCACGGAACUGACACUGCAGUCGGAAAGUGUGACUCUGAGCACUCCCGACUUCGGGAGGUACGAUCUGGAUUGGGACAUUUACAACGACCCGUUCCAAGAUGAGGGGCGCGAGCAACAAUCGGUGUCAAACGAAGGUCGCACAGGCGCGGAAUUAGUCCCAGCCAACAACAGGACCAGGCGUAUGGUGUUGGAGUAUGCGGAACCCAACGGGAAACAUGUGCACCUGGUCAAAUCGAGAAACGUCGGCAGGUACGACACCAAGGUCACCAGCAGGACUCCCAAAGCGCCGAGAAAGGUUCGAAUUACGAAGGAGCAGAACACGCUAGACACGUUCGCUGUCACGACGCAACCCAUUUGCGACAAAACUCAGUGGUUCAACUCGGCCAUAGACUCGCUGGUGAAGUCGGUCAUGGGAUGCGUGCCCGAGGCCGGCGAUGAGGCGGCGCAGCAGCCAGAUGCGGGAGCAAGCGAAAAGCAUAUCAGCGUUGUGCCACCCGUUGUAAAGCCUCCGUCUACAAAACAGGGUGAAAAGUGGUUCAAAAGCGUGGAAAGGGAAGUGAGCAAGACUAAACGGGUGCAGUCACCUCGGCAUGCAUUCGACUCGGAAACGGUGAGCACCGUGCAGCUCAUAGAGGGCUUUCGCACCUGCGUGCGCCAGAGGGAAAACGCAUCAGAGCCCAUACAACUCGACGAAGUGCUACAAGGACGAUCUAAAGAAAGUGCGGCGUUACUGUUCUACCGAACGCUCGUACUGGCCAACGCGCAGUUCGUGGCGCUGUCGCAGCCAGCGGUACCGGGAGCCCCAAUUGCUGUGACACCCGCGCGGCGUUUCUGGGAGCCUAUACAGACGUCCAGAGACUUGAAAGCGUAG